CUCGCCGUUCUCCUUCAUUUCCCUUUCUCGUACACUGCAUAUUCCUGUAAGCUAGACCGCCCUUGUCCCAUAAACCAGUUUCCGUUGCUCUGUUGUACUACCCACCAUCACCCGCUGCUUCUGCGACGCGCCGUUUUUUCAGCCGUUAAUCCAUCGUCGCCGCCUCCUUGUGCUAAUCGACAGUCGCAUAUCUUCAUCGUCACUCCAUCCUGCCAUAAUUCAUCCGUCGCCACCCACCGUUCGUUUCGGCACUCACGCGGUCCUUAGGCUCGUUCAUGGAAUCGGAGGGCGAGGCGUUUCUGCCUCGCUCGCCCGACUGCUGAAGCUUUUAUGGAAGGUAGCGGCGGCCGUAAGAGGGCUGAGGCAGCAGCAGCAGCAGCAGCAGCAGCGGCGGCGGCUGGGCAGGACAAGGAAGCGUCUGCGCGGACCAGAUUCCGCUCCCGCCAGCUGCGCUCCGCCGUCGCCGCAGGUGGCGCGUCCGUUCCCGUUUCCUCCUCCUGGUUCCGCCUGUCCGCAUCGUCGUCUCCGUCUUCGGUGCCCGCUACUUCGUCCGCCGGCCGGCGAAUCGCUCUUCACCAAUCGUCCGCGCCGGCCGCAAAGCGCGCUAAGACAUCAGCCGCCGCCGCCGCCGCCGCGGUUUUCUCCCCGAUCUCCCGCGCUCCCGCCUUUAUCGUAUCUCCGCCGCCCGCAUCCGCGCAGCCUUCCGCGCCAGUCCCUUCCGCGCGUGCGCACUCCUCCGCUUUCUCCCCGCCCUCCGCGAAAAGGCUCACCAACCGCGUCACUUUUGCUGCACCGCCAUCUUCCGCCCACCGCGCGGAGUUCCGCUUGUCUCAUCAAGCCAAAUCACGCGGUGCCGCCAAAUCCGCUGCGACCUCUGCGACCUCUGCGACCUCUGCGACCCCCGCGACAGCCGGAGCGACGUCGCUUGGUGCGAGCACCGCUAGCGCUAACCCCACGUUUUCUGGUUCCACUCCCGCCGCGGGUGCCUCGGGGGUUACUUCCGCCAAUAGCGCGGGUGUAGGGCCGACUGCGCGCACCCCUGGUGUGAACGCUUCCGCAGCUGGCGCUGGUGGCGGAGGAGUAGGCGGAGCAAGCGGCACUGUUGGCGGUGGUGAUACUGCAAGCGGUAGCAUGGAUAGAGGCUUCUUCAAGUCGUUCGGUCACGAGGAAGGUUCCAGGAGCAAGCGGUCCGCUGAGAGAGAAAAAGAUAAGGAGAAGGAGAAGGAGAGGGAGAGGGGGAAGGAGAAGGAGAGGGAGAAGGGAAAGGAGAAGGAGAGGGAGAAGGGGAAGGAAAAGGAUAAGGCGAAGGAGAAGGAGAAGGAGAAGGAGAAGAAGAAGGAGAAAGAGAGAGAGCGAGAGCGGGAGAGAGCGAGGGACAGGGAGCGCGAGCAGGCGAGAGAAGCGGUGGAGGAAGAAGACGACGGAGACGAGCUGUUCCUAGGAGGCGGCGGGCUGCUGGCAGGCCUAGACUCGGACGGCGACGGGGAUGCAGCAGCGCUGCGCCAGUCCUUCUCCUCUUCUGCUGGUUCUGCCCUGGAGAACCUCCUCCGCCGCUUCUCCGUCUCCAUCGACGACCUCCUCCCCCAUCCCGCCGCACCUGCCGCAGCUGCAGCAGCAGCAGGCGGCAGCGGCAGCGCCGCCACUGCUGCUGCUGCUGCUGCUGGUACUGCGGCCGGUGGUGGCGGUGGCAGCAGCAGCGGCGGCGGCAGUGGCGACGCCGUGGGUGGUGGUGGGCCCGCCUCUGCCCCAGGGCCGUCGUCCGCUACUGCGGUGGCGCACGCGCACGCGCAGGCACACCUGCCGCAGGCGCACCUGCCGCAGCCGCAGGGAGGGAGAUACCGCUCCAUCCUCUCCGGCCUCACCGCAGAGCACGACACGAGCAGGCAGCUAGAAUCCCUCUCUCUGCUGUGCGACCUGCUGCUGAUCGGCACAGAGGAGUCCCUCGCGUCCUUCCCAGUAGACGCGUUCGUGCCCCCCCUGGUGUCGCUGCUGGAGUGCGAGUACUGCCCAGAUGUCAUGCUGCUGGCCGCCAGUGCGCUCACGUACCUGUGUGACGUGCUGCCGAGUAGUGCGUGCUCCUCCCUGGUCCACCACGGCGCCGUGCCGUCGCUCUGCGCGCGCCUGCUCACCAUCGAGUACAUCGAUCUUGCAGAACAGUCGCUGCAAGCGUUGGAGAAGGUGUCUCAGGACCAUCCAUCGGCAUGCCUGCGUGCUGGUGCCCUCACUGCCGUGCUCUCGCACCUCGACUUCUUCUCCACCAGCAUCCAGCAAGUGGCAGCGCGCACGGCAGCGAAUGUGUGUCGCAGCGUGCCAGCGGACUGUGUGGGCAUGCUGCUCGAGGCCUCGCCCGUGCUCGGCAACAUGUUGCAGCACUCCGACUCCAAGGUGGUGGAGAGCACGUGCAUCUGUGUGACGCGCAUAGCCCUUGCAGUGGCGUCCAACCCCGAGCACCUCUCCUUGCUAUGCGCGUCCUCUGGCCUCAUCUCCCACGCUGUGCGCCUCCUCGCCGCCAACUGCAGCCCAGCUGGGGGCGCUGGGGCGCUCAACGGAGGAGGGGGGGGUGUGGGAGGGGCAGUCAGCAUCACUCCCACGACGUUUGUGGGUCUCCUGCGGCUGCUCACCCUGUGUGCGCGGGAAGCAGAGGGGGCAUCAGAGACGCUCCUCUCAGCAGACAUCACCUCUCUCCUCCGUGACGCUCUCCUCUCCUCCGGCCUCCACGCCCCCCCACACUCCGCCGCCGCCACUGCUGCUUCCACUGCCGCUGCUAGCCCUGCUGGCUUUUCCCCUGCUGCUGCUGAUGAUGGUGGUGGUGGUAGUGCAGGAGGGGUGCGAGGGGAGGGAGUGGCAGCAGUGGCGGCUGCUUCUGCUUCCGCUCCAGGACUAACCAGGCCGGUUGAAGAGGUGUACGAGAUCCUGGCACUAGCCAAUGAGCUGCUGCCACGUGUUGCAGAGGAGGAGUUGGAGGAGGGGGAGGUGUUAUCUGAGGACAUUUCUUGUGAUGAGAGCGAGGAGAGGGGUGUCACCCUAGGGAAUGAAGAGGGGGAGGAAGGGGAAGAGGAGGGUAGAGAGCAGGAGGGGGAGGAGGAGAAGGGGACAGGAGAAGCAAGUGGGGCUACAUGUACUGGAGCUGCCGGCAGAAAGGGAGAAGAGGAUGGCGUUAGAGCUGUGGCCGGUGGUGGAGGAGAGGGGAAGGGCAAGGGGAAGGAGAGGGCGGAGGAGGGGAAGGGGAAGGGAGUGAGUGAGCGCGCAAGGAAGAGGGCGUUUCAGCAGGCGCCAGGGGGGCUGACGCCGUUUGUCACGGACUUGUUUCCCCUCAUCAUGCAGGCGUAUGGCGCGACAAUGAAUGCGGCGGUGCGGCACAAGUGCCUAGAGAUCAUCUGCAACGUGCUGCUGCUCUCCACCCACGCCACCAUGCCCCUCCUGCCUCCUGCCUCCUCUAUCGCUAGUUUCCUGGCAGACGUGCUGUCCUCCCAGGACGCCUCUCUCCACCUGCAAGCACUGCGCAUCGCCUCUCUCCUGCUGCACAAGGACGCGUCCACUUUCCGCCUGCCCUUCUCCCGCGAAGGCACUCUCUUCGCCAUCCAGAACCUCAUCCCCUCCGUCGCCUCCGCCUCACCCUCUGCGCGUCAUUCCCCUGCCAAGGGAGGGGCCUCUGGAAGCAGUGGUGGUGGUUCUGCUGCUGCUCGUUCCCCUGCCGCUCCGCCUCCUCUCUCCCCUCUUCCGCCUGCUGCUGCUGCUUCUUCUUCCGCUGCAGCAGCUUCCCUACCGUCAUCAGCUGCUGCUGCAGCAGGGAGAAAAGACCCAGCCAGGAGGCAAUCUGCAAGGUCUCCUGCUGCAUCUGCCUCGUCGCUUGGCAAGCAGCCAUCAUCAUCAUCAUCAUCAUCACCAGGAGAUAAGAGAGCAGCGGUGGGGAAAGAGAAGAAGGGAGCGAGUGCUUCCUCUACUGCUACUGCUACUGCUGCUGCUGCUUCUGCUGCUGCUGCUGAUGGUUCACCUUCGGCUCCACCGGGGUCAAGUGCUGCGAGCUUCAGUCGGUGGAUGGCUGCUAUGGGUAAACGCGCCAGAGCCAAGGGAGACGCGGGAGGUGCAGCGGGGGGGCCAGGAGAAACAGAGAAUGGUGAGUUUUCCGCACGCGACUGCUCCACCACCUCUGCUGCUGCUGCUGCUGCUGCUGCUGCUGCUGCAGCUGCAGCUGCUGCUGCUGGCGCAUCGGUCUCACGCCGUCUCGCACACAGGUCAGCUGCUCCCCGUGCUGCUGGUUCCUCUGCUGGUGGCCCCGGUGCUUCUUCAUCUGCUGCUUCACAACCAUCAGCAGCAGCAGCAUCGGCUGCAGCGGCGCGUGCGGCGGCAGCAGCAACGUUGCUGGCGGCGGUGGCAGCGGAGGCACAGCAGCUGUAUGCGCAGUUCUUCCCUCCUGGGUGGCAGGCCAACGAGCCCUCCGGUGCUGCUGACGGUCUGCUGCAGCUGCAGGCGCUGUGCCGGGAGAUACAAGGGUCAGGAGUAGGCACACAGACACCGACACAGACACAGGGACAGGGGCAGGGACUGGGAGUGGGACAGGGACCGGGAGGGGCAGGGGCGCAGGCGCAGGCACAGACGGAGGGGCGGAGAGAGAGUGCGAGCAGAGGUGGGGGAGCCGAGUCGAGGAAGGGGAAUGCGGAGGGGAGUGGGGUGGUGGUUACGGCUAAGAGGGGAUGGGCAGUGGAGAUGGUGGAGCGGCUGAGACAUGAUACAGUUGUGCUGUGCCAGGUGCUGAGUAUGCUGGGGGGUAGAGCCACAGGGAAUGGUCCUGCUGCUGCUGCUGCUGCUGCUGCUGCUGCUGCUGCUGCUGCUGCUGCUGCUGCUGCUGGUAUGGCCGGGAACGGGUCUGUGUGUGUGACCACUUUUGAGCUAGUAGAAGGGGGCGUGCCCUCUGCUGUACUGCGCUUCCUCUCUCCCUCCACCCUCCCUCCUCUGCCCCCUGUUCCCGCUCCUGCUGCUGCUGCUCGCGGCAGCGGUGGGGAGGAUGGGGGGAGCCACGUGUCAGGGCUGGAUUGGUGGGUGCAGCAGGAGCGGCGGCGGUGUGAGGUGGUCCUGCGCCUUCAGGUAAUCGCAGCUGUGCUCUCCGCAGCCCUCCCCCUCGCCCACUCCGCAACCCCCUCCCCACCCUUUUCCUCCACAGCCACCAGCACCUUGCCGGCCCCCUCCUCUCCCUCCUCCCCCCUCGCGCUCUCCUCUCCUCUCCCCCCCGCCUCCGAGCCUGUCUCUGUCGGUCUGCUGGUGCGCCGCUUGCAAGCGGCCCUGGCAGCAAGGGAGCGCUUUUCAGUGCUUCAAACAGAGCUCUUCCAGCUGCCUGGGGGAGGGGCCUUCGCCUCUGGCGGCGUUGCCUCGGCAUCCACCCUUGGGCUUGGCCCUGGGGGGUCUAUUCCUGGUAGAGCGGGGAAGCCAGGUGGGCAAGGGAUGGCUCGCUGGCACGGGGGGCUGGGAGGGGCAGGAGGGGCAAGAGGAGCAGCAGCAGGAGGAGGAGUGUUUGGAGAGGCGGAUGAGUCUGCUGCUGCGGUGGCGGCGGCAGCAGGGCCCAUGGGGGCUGGGCUGGUGUCUGGACUGCCUGCACUGUCACAGCCAAUUAAGCUGAGGCUAGUGAGGGAGCGGUGUGAGCGGUCGGUGAGGGAUUACUCGUCCAAUGUGGUGCUCAUCGAGCCCCUGGCGACUCUGUCUGCUAUAGAGGAGUUUCUGUGGCCAAGAGUGAGACGCUCGCACCAUGUCACUGCUGUUACUGCUGUUCCUGCCACCGCCCCCUCCUCCACUCGUGCCGCUCCGGCUGCUCCUGCUGCCGCUGUUAAUGCCUCGGAUGCUGUUGCUGCUCCGAGCAGAGAGGCUGCUGCGGAUGAGGCCAAGGGAGCACUUGCAAGAGCGCACGUAGCAGGCGAGCGGGAGAGAACAGCGGGCAAGGAGGCUGCUGAUGGUGGUGCUUCCAGUGCUGCUUGCCUUGCUGCUGCAGCUGACGCCGCUGCCUCGGGUGAUGGUGACGGUGCUGGCGGUGGUAACAGCAAGCGGAGGGAAGGGAAGGGUGUGGAAACCAGAGGGACGGAUGAGGCGGAUACUGCAGCCAGGGAUGGGGCGAGUGGGGGCAAAUUCCUGGGUAAGGGCGGGUGGGGGGCGCUUAAGGGGAGAGAGAGAGGGGAGGGAUCAGGGUCCCGAUCGAAAAGAGAAGGGAAAGAUAAGGAGGGCGAGGGGGCGGGAGGGCAGGAGGCAGAGGGGGUGUGGAAGAGAAAGGAGGGUGGUAAGGCGAGGGGUAAGCGAGGUUCGUCGCAGGAUGGGAAGGGAGAGAGCAAGGGGGGUGGAAAGGAGGAGGUGAGGGGGGGUUCGAGCGAGAAAGGUGAGGGGAAAUCACGGCUGGGAAUGGCGAGAGGUUGGUGGAGUGCGGGGAAGGGGAAGAAGGCGAGCAUGGGAAGCGGCAGGGUUGCUGGGGAAGAGAGAGCUGAGAAGGGGAGGGAGAAGGGAAGUACGAGAGGAAGCGAGGAUGGUCGAACAGAGGGGGGGAGGAAUGGGAAGGAGAAGACUGAGGGGACUGGGGUGAGGGACGAGGAGCCGGAGGCGAGGGAGAGGCGGAGGAAGGGCAAGGGGAAGGAUGAGAUGAAGGAAGUGAAGGGAGCAGGGCAUGAGGGGGAGCAGCGGAGAGAGGAGGAGGAGCCACUCUCGGACCUCGCUGACCUUAUGGCUCUGAUGGGAGGGCUGAACGCAGGGGACAUGGAGAUAGAGGAGGGCGAGCUGGAUGGGCUUGGUCGGGUCAAGUCCCUGGCACGGCACGAGCAGGCACGAGCAGCAGCAGCAGCAGCAUCAGUAGAGGGCACAGCUGCAGACAAUAGUGAGAAAAUGAUGCCAGGUUCCAGUAGUGUGGUAGGGGAAGGGGCAGUGCAGCAGCGGCAGCAAGCUAAGAGCGGAGCUGGGAAGGACGGGGAGAGAGGUGGGGAUGUAGGUGCUGUGUUGCCUUCUGCUGCUGGUGCAGGUGCUGCUGCUGGUAGUAGCAGGGCUGGGCUUUUACCCACUGAAACGCUGCCAUGCAGCGGGGGUGGACGGAGCAGCAGCAGCGCCCCUGCAGCAGCGACGGCUGCUGCUGCUGCUGCUCCUGCCGCAGAACCGAGGGGGGGAGGAGCAGGGGGGAGCGGGGGCACAGGAGGGGAGAGGGGGUCCGCCUUGUCCUCUGCUGCAGUGCAUGGUGAGCACAGGCUAGUGUUCUCGUUCCGAGGGAUGCCUCUAGAUCCUUCUGCCACGAUUCU